AUGAUUUUCAAAAUACAAAAAUGUGGGGAAAGAUUGUGUCUUGGAUGGAGGAUGCUGUCCAGGAAGUACAGUUCAAGUGAACCCAUAAGGCAAUUCUCUGACCCAACCAGAGCAAUAUGCAAAAUCAUGAUGUCUUGCCCAACACUUGCACUUGAUACUGCCCUUGACCAAAGUGGGAUCAGAAUUUCACCUGAAAUGGUAGAGGAAGUUCUCAUGAGAUUCCAGAAUGCUGGUAUGGUUGCAUACCGAUUCUUUGAAUGGGCAGGGAAGCAGCGGAAUUACACGCAUAGCGUGAAGGCUUAUCAUGCCAUGAUUGAGUCUUUGGCCAAGAUAAGGCAGUACCAGAUCAUGUGGGAGCUUGUGAACUCAAUGAGGGCCAAGAGAAUGCAGAACAUGGAGACAUUUAGCAUAAUUAUGAGGAAGUAUGCUAGGGCCCAGAAGGUUGAAGAAGCGCUUUAUACAUUUAACGUUAUGGAAAAGUACGAUUGUGCUCCGAAUUUAGCAGCGUUCAAUGGCCUGCUGAGUGCUUUGUGUAAGUCCAAGAAUGUGAGGAAGGCUCAGGAGAUUUUUGAUAAAAUGAAGGAUCGGUUUGAGCCAGACUCGAAGACUUAUAGUAUAUUGAUUGAUGGGUGGGGAAAGGAUCCGAAUUUGCCUAAGGCAAGGGAGGUCUUUAGAGAAAUGACUGAUGCUGGUUGUAAUCCUGAUAUAGUGACUUAUGGUAUCAUGGUUGAUGUUCUUUGUAAGGCAGGGAGGGUGGAUGAAGCGAUUGAGAUCGUUCGGGGCAUGGAUGAUAGUGGUUGUACACCUACAUCUUUUAUUUACAGCGUUUUGGUGCAUACAUAUGGGGUGGAACACAGGAUUGAAGAUGCUGUUGACGCAUUCUUGGAGAUGGAAAGGAAUGGAAUCAAGGCUGAUGUGGUGGUGUAUAAUGCCUUGAUUGGUGCCUUUUGUAAGGCUAACAAGUUCAAGAACGUGUAUAGGGUCUUAAAUGAUAUGGAUUCCAAAGGUGUUAAACCCAAUUCAAGGACCUGCAAUAUCAUUUUGAAUAGCUUGAUUGAUCGUAGAGAGACUGAUGAGGCAUUUAGUGUCUUUCGUAAAAUGAUCAAACUAUGUGAGCCCGAUGCAGAUACGUAUACGAUGAUGAUAAAGAUGUUUUGCGAGAAAGAUGAGCUAGAGAUGGCUCUCAAAGUCUGGAAGUACAUGAAGCAGAGGAGGUUUGUGCCGAGCAUGCACACAUAUUCCGUCCUUAUAAAUGGAUUGUGUGAGAAGGGCAAUACUUCAAAGGCUUGUGUCUUUUUGGAAGAGAUGAUAGAGAAGGGGAUUCGGCCAGCAGGUGUGACAUUUGGGAGAUUAAGACAGUUGCUGAUAAAAGAAGGAAGAGAAGAUGUACUCAAAUUUCUAAAUGAAAAAAUAAAUCUACUGGUCAAGGAGCCUUUAUUUGAUUGA